ACAUAACACUUUUGAAGCGCGAGUUAUGCCGAGUCACUCGUAGGACCUCGGGCGCUACACGACUUCGGCUGGCGACUGUCGGCUCGCGAUUGGGCGAGAGGCCUUUUAACCUCACAGCUGAAACACAGUGUUUUGCUCAGCGAGUUUUCAUUCCACCGAGAACAGUGAUAGGCGAAGAUUUACUACUGAACUGUGCGACAACCCUGUUCUACCGUGAAAUCAAAGCGUACGAGCGAAUCAUCAUAAUUCAUUCUAAGCGCAACAUCGCUUGACGCUAAGGACAGGUUUACGAUCUUAUAUUAUUCGAUUCAGAUGAGUUCUUACUUCGUAAACUCGCUUUCAGCAUGCUACGGACAAACAGCCGGGUUAGACAAUUGCUCAGACGGGAAUUACGAGCGGAAUGGAAAUUAUCACUCGACUGGCAGUGUCUAUUCCAGUUUUGCCGGGACCCGUUACCCAUACAACGCUAACCGUGGCGACAGGAUAACAGAUCAGCAAAAUGGCGACUUUUAUUCUACCCCUCGCCUCACCCACCUCCCGGCGUCCAGUCCUUGUUCGUCCCCACCCCACAUACAAUCUUCAAACCACAAUGCAGUACCCAUGAACACUUCAGACCGCAACUGCGAACUACGGAGUAAUUCGUCUGCUUCGAACGGGGGGUAUUUCCCAAACGGUCAGCUGAACACAAGUCUCGAUGACAGCCGGCCUAACUCUGCUCAUUCCACUGGCUCACCCCCCUCAAGGCAUGACACCCAGUCCCCACAGCAGCCAUCGCCGCACCCCCCAGGACAGGGACAAAAUCAAAACCCGAGCCACAGGUCGGAGAACUUUCCCCCUCCCCAGAUAUACCCGUGGAUGCGGCGAAUGCAAUACAGCUCAGAUGGCAACGAUGGGGAGACAAAGAGAUCACGCACUUCAUACACACGACAUCAGACACUGGAGCUUGAGAAAGAGUUUCAUUAUAACAAGUACCUCACUCGAAGACGUCGAAUCGAGAUCGCUCAUGCACUGAAUUUGACAGAAAGACAGAUCAAGAUUUGGUUCCAAAAUAGGCGGAUGAAAUGGAAGAAAGAGCACAAACUUUCUCACAUUGCCAAAAACAUGAACCUUGCAAACGCGCUCGAGAAAGUGGCAGAAGAACGUAAAGCUUGUAUGUAAUGACGUCACACAUACGUCACCAUGACAUCAAAUAAGACGCCCGAAGGUCGGGAAAACGAUUCGAGGUUAUCGUUCCGACUGACUCAUCACGUGGUGCAAGAUAUGUCACGUGACACCCACAAAUCAGACGAUACGUGCACGUGCAGCUCGUGGCGCCGCGUACGUUGUGGUGAAAGACUGUCAUGUGAUGUUGUCACGUGAUAAAUGGAGGGUAAAUGGCUUUGUGACGUCAUAAUUGACGCGGCAACUCAAUGUGAUAAUUGCCUCGGUCAAAAUGGGUAAUUCUAAAACAUUAUGUGUAAGUGUACAUACUCUCAAACUGAAUGCGACAAUGUUGCUCUGUAUAAGGAGUUGUCAUGUUUCUUUGACGAAGGGUAUAUUGCAUUUAAUGUAAUAAAAGCGCAUUGCAGAAGCGGUUCCUAUAGCCAAACAACGUACAAAAAAACACCAAAGAUGUUUUGGCCUAAUUUAAGACUGUAAACUCACUUUAUUUCUGUUAUUUACCGUUUGAUAUUAGAUAGAAGUAAAGCGCUGACCUGUAAUUUGUAAACUACCACUGUAACAUCCGAUAAAAAAAAAUAUAUUUCUUAUUCAAUACAAAUGUUUAUGCUCGCGUAUAACUUGCCUUUUUCAGUGAUAUUUAGCACCAUGAAGCUCAGACAAUCAAGUUAAAACACAGAAAAACAGUAACUGAUAAAUAAUUUUGAGAAUUAAACUAAAAGAUAUUGUGUAGCAUUAAGUUGUAUACUUAAUUACGCAUCUUAGGUAAAAUAAACAUGAUUAUUUGAUCUUUGUAAACAUGCAAAUAAUAAGUGCAUUUCUAAUGCGCAAGAUUCCAUCCACCAAGUGGAUGCUCAUGGCGCUACACUAUUAUUACCCCGGUAAUUGGAACAGUGAGCACUAGAUUUUCAUUCUCAGCUCCCUGGGGAGUAUACAAUUCGAAUACUUUCAAUAUGCAUAAGAAUAGGCAUUGAACGAAUGUAUUAUGGUUUUAACCACCAACUCAAACUAAAACUGUCUAUUUCGUCUUAAGAAAUAUGUUGAAUUUUUAUAAUAUUCAUGUAUUUUAUCAUUUGUUGUUAAUCUCAGUCUGCUGAGGUCAAGAUGUUGUAGAUAAAAGUAUGUAUUUUUAUUAUUAUUUCAAUUGUAAUCAUGGCAUAUGGCGAUUUUGCUUAAUGCAAGGCGUAAUUUAAGUAAGUGUGAAUAUGAUAUAUACUAUCAAAUUGACAUAUCAUUUGCUGAAUGAGUGAGUAUGUGAGAGAUUAAGUGUAGAUAGGUAAUUCGCGAUAACAACAUGUGCAAUUCAGCGUUCAAACCAAAGUCGUGAUUGUUUUUAUUCCUGGAAAUCGUUAGUGCUACUGGUUAUUGUAGAUUUUCUAAACGUUUUAUUAUGUACACGCAAUAUACGGGUUUACAUGCAUCACAUAGAUUUCUAAAUUCAUAAUGGUCUUUUUGCAACAACUAGAAUAGCACCAAUGCAGCAUUUCUUAAAUGCUAUAUCAAUGAGUGCUCUAGAACGUUCUCCAAACCUUUAAUUUUAGACGAUCCCUUUUCUAUAAUUGCAUAUCAUAAAUAUAUGUCACUUCCAGAUUAAUUACUUAAAUGUUGUUUACUUAAUUAUUAAACUUCUGAAAGAAACACAUUCUUUAAAUUAAGGUGUAAAAUAUGUUUGACAAUAUCCAUAUUUCAUAUAGUAAAGAUAUGUUUUGUUCUGUUUAAGAUAAAGGGUUGGAAGUGUUUAACGUUUACUCUAGGCGGUGUGAAGAGACGAAAAUGCACAAACUAAAUGUCGCGUUGUUUUGUGGGAACGUACAAAGCCACAGAAUCCACAAUUUCAGGCAUAAUAUAUUCAGUGCAAUGACCAAUGGCGAGAUCUUAUUGAUUUCAUGUCUUUGUAAGGCGCGGUAAGUAUUCCUGUUUUUUGAUGAUGAUAAGAAAAAAGGGGACUUGGCGCAUCUUUAACCAGGGUAAAACUCUUCAUCUGAUCAUUUGUGAUGUUUUGUGUAUAUUUUAUGAGAAAACGUAUCAAAUGGUGUUUUUCACGUUUCCAUGGUAACUUACAUGCACUUAAUUUGUAGCUGCCAUUUAGUGCUCGAAUAUGUCGCGGGAAAUGUACUUUGAAUCGAAAAUUUACUUAUUAGUUUGCAUGCAAGCUCUGGAUUCUGUUUGCAAUGUAGAUGUAUUAGAUUUGAUGGGAAUUAAAAUUUUAAAUUGAUGUUGAAAUAAAUCUAAAUAUUAAUGAUUAAAAUUCACCUGUAGCCUUAUCUAAGCUAUUUCCUUCUUGGAAACACAAUAGUUAUCUCAUUUCGGUCAUGGUUGCAAUCGUUUGGAAAUUCGGCAAAUAUCGCACAUGUCGAUCAGGGGUAUUGUACAAAUCGGUAAUGUUAACCUCAUGAAAUAAAUAUUCUACCUGCAGGUGAAGGUUUUGAUUUAAUUACCAGUUAAUGUUUCCAGACAUUAAUUAUUUUAUAAACAAGUAGUUUCAAUUGAACCGAAUUGAAAAUAUGCGUUUCAAAACCCAACGGCCAGAAAACGCAUUCAAUGGCUUAGUCAGCAAAGUAUCAAUUACGCAAAAUUGAUUUUUUUUUUCAUUGAAAUAGUUUAUUAUUUUGUACAUAAGAUACAAGUGAGUAAAGAAGUAUAUUUCCUGUAGAUGUAGAUGGAGACAUUUUAUUGUAACGUGGCUGUAUGAUAUCGUUCCUGUAGUUGACGUCAGUGCAGCGACCGUUCAUCGUCGAAUUAGAUGCGUACCAUCUUGUUUUCAUCUGUGCCAUAUAAAAUAUUACACCUCA